AUGGCGGGAUUGCAGGGAGAAGAUGUUAUUGCUAUCCUGCCCUGGGAGGAAUGGUGGGAGUUUGAAGUGACAAAGGAUGACUCAAAUCCUCAGAUUGCACUGCUUCCUUUGCAUCCAGAUUUGCGAGCAAAAUUUAAUGAGACAGCAGCCUGGAUUUAUGCAAAAAGCAUGAAUGGGAAGCCUUAUGGGUUUGACUCUGCAUUUUGUGAAUGGUUUAUUAGCUUUGUUACUGAAAUCUUUAUGAAUGAUCCACAGGUUGCUUCUGUUAUGACUGUAUGGACCAAGCUUCAACCAGAGUAUGCUGGUAAUAUGUGGGAAGAAGCCCUUAACAAACGGCUUGAAACUAAGGGUCUUCACCUUUCUGAAAUCAUAGUGGAAUCAGAGAAACGUGGGAUAACAUUUGACAAGUUACUAACUGUUCCUGAGAAUGAUAGUUGGGUCUAUGAAGAUGGUCGGUCAGCAUCUUGUAUAGCUUUCGUCCUUAUGAUGUACAAGGAGGCUGGACUCUUUGACCCUAUUACCAGCUCUGUUGAAGUUACUGAAUUCACAGUAAGUGCUCCUGAAUCCUUGUGUUCAAGUCUAUGGCCUUAUAUAGGUACCUUUGUCAGAGCAAAAGGAUCUGGUGGGGACAUAUGUGUCGUGAAUGCAUCUAUCUCAUUAUCUAGUGCACAGUGGAACGCUGGCCUAUCAUUUUGUUAG